AUGAAAAAGGACUACGAUUUAAGGAUAUGCACCUGGAAUGUCCGAACCCUUAAUUGGGAAGGUGCCUCUAUCCAACUGGCGGAUGCCCUCGAGAAAUUAAAGGCUGACAUUACCGCCAUCCAGGAAAUGAGAUGGACAGGACAAGGUUGUUCCAAGCGAGCAAACUGUGAUAUUUAUUACAGCUGCCAUGCGGAGAGGCGCGAAUUUGGAUGCGGAUUUGUAGUAAGCCGGAGACUUCGCCACCACGUCUACAAUUUCACCCCAGUGAGUGAACGGCUGGCUACAAUCCGCGUCAAAGCUAGAUUUUUUAAUCUUAGCAUAAUUUGCGCGCACGCCCCGACGGAGGAGAAGGAUGAUGCUGCUAAGGAUGCAUUCUACGCGAGACUCGAGGACACAUACGACCGCUGCCCAAACCACGACGUGAAGAUCAUCCUCGGGGACUUCAACGCAAAGGUUGGGCGCGAACGCAUCUUUGACCGCACCGUCGGUAAAUUCAGCCUCCACGAGACCACCUCGAACAACGGUUUCAGGCUGAUUGACUUCGCCGCGGCGCGAAACAUGGUAGUGAGUAGCACCAGAUUUCGGCACCUCGACAUCCACAAGGCAACAUGGCUGUCCCCUGAUCAGAAAACGCGCAACCAGAUUGAUCAUGUUGUGAUAGACGGAAGGCAUGCCUCAAGCGUGAUGGACGUGCGUACGUUCCGUGGAGUCAACAUAGACUCGGACCACUAUCUUGUCGCAGCCAAGAUACGCAUGCGGCUAAGCCGAGCGAAAAACGUACGCCCCAUCACGCAACGAAAGCUUGACGUCACUAGGCUGCGAUCGCAACGGACAGCAACAGCCUACUCCACUCACCUCUCGGAACUGCUCCACCAACCAACCCCUCUUCCUGUUGACGCCGGCGGACUCUGGGCGCACAUAUCCCACUCCAUGCGAGCUGCCGCUGAAACAGCCAUUGGGUUCAAGCGCCCACCCACACGGAACCAAUGGUAUGACGAGGAGUGUCGCGUCGCAGCUGCGGCAAAAAACGCCGCCUACAGAAGAACGCUGCAGUCUGGCGCAACGCGAGCUACGUAUACGCAGUGCACGCUGAGGUUAUGGAGGGCGCAUUUCUCCAAGCUGCUAGCAGGCGAUGACGGCACCAAUCCCGCCAUUGGAGGAAGCAACCCGAUACCACCAAUCAACGACAAUGUGGAUAUACCACUACCUAGCCAUGACGAGGUCCGAGUUGCUAUUAUGCGACUCAAAAACAACAAAGCAGCCGGUGCUGAUGGACUGCCUGCAGAGUUGUUUAAGGCCGGCGGCGAAGAGCUGAUAAGGUGCAUGCAUCAGCUCUUCUGCAGAAUAUGGCUAGAGGAAAGCAUGCCCAACGAUUGGAAUCUCAGCGUCCUUUGUCCUGUGCUGAAGAAAGGCGACCCGACGAUAUGCACCAACUACCGGGGAAUUAGCCUGAUUGCCAUCUCAUAUAAGGUCCUAUCGAGCGUAAUAUGUGAACGACUGAAGCCGUAUACCAGCACACUGAUCGGACCUUAUCAGUGCGGCUUCAGACCUGGCAAAUCCACCAUAGACCAGAUCUUCACAUUGCGCCAAAUCCUGGAGAAAACCCACGAAAAUGGAAUUGACACACAUCAUCUCUUUGUCGAUUACAAAGCUGCAUUCGAUAGUCCGACACGAGAACGCCUAUAUGCCACCAUGUCUGAGUUCGGUAUUCCUGCAAAGCUGAUACGUCUUUGCAGGAUGACAUUGAGCAGCACCAUCAGCUCUGUCAAGGUAGGAACGAACCUCUCCGAACCUUUCAAUACCGUUCGAGGUUUCAGACAAGGCGACCCCCUGUCGUGCAACCUCUUCAACUUUGUGAUGGAAGGGGUCUUGCGGAAAGCCGGUGUGCAUCGUGCUGGCACUAUAUUUUAUAAAAGUGUCCAGCUCCUUGCUUACGCGGAUGAUAUUGACAUCAUUGGCCGCAGCAAGCGUGAUGUCACUGCUGCAUUUUCCGCUAUCGAAAAGAGUCAGCAAAAGUGGGUUUGGCGGUAA